AUGAUUAGGGAUACCCUACGGGAUCCAAAACGUCAGGAAAAUAGAACUCUUGUUCCAGUGGUCGUGUCUUCUUCUUCUGAACUGCUUCCUGGAACUCGCAUAUUCACUUCUAUUGAACAAUCGAAACAGGUGGAUUCGGACGGUGAUCUGAAGCUAGAUGAAGCCGAGUACUGCCUGGCCGCAAGUCUGGCCGAGAAGGUGGCCUCCACCGGUGGCUUAGAAGUAAAUGGCACGGCACAUGGCCUGGAAAACGAGGCCCUGGAGAGUGCAAUACUCCGGCCGUUUGAAACUUCCUCCCUGCUGGAUGAAAGUCAAGAUCUUCUCCUCUCACCCGCCUCCGCAAGCCUUCUCACUCCGGAUGUAUCCGAGGAGAGUGAUCUUGUUGGCCGCGGAGGGCUUGAGGCUCGGCAUCCUGCAAUGAUCCGUACGGAGCAGCCCUACGAAUCCGACAGUGCCUCCCUAAUGAGUGACUUAUCUUUCUCCAGACUCGCCGAGCGCAGCACAGGGCUCCCCCGGCACUGCUCAAUAACUUAUCUUCCAACAUGGAGGGCCUCUCGGGUUUGGGUGAGCCAUCACUUCUCUCCUCCAUUCCUCCUCCUCCUCCUCCUCAUCAUCAUCAUCGCCAUCAUGCUCAUCAUCAUCAUCAUCCUGCUCCUGGGUUUCGGGCAUUGUUAUAUCUUUGUCUUAGAAAGCAAGUAUUUCAUCCUUUAA